UGUACUCUGAAUCCUCGAGUGUUUUGCUCAACUGGAAGAGCAAAGCUCCUAUGCGUUACUGAAGUGCCGUUUAUGUUCUCAUCUUAUUCUCAUACUUCUUUUUCACAUUUGAAAGUUAGUUUAUUAACAAUAACAUACCGGUUGGUUGUUUGUCAUGUUGGCCUAUAAAAACAAAAGAUGAGCACAGGUGACACAGGCAGAUUAAAUAAAUAUGUGCUAGUCAUGUUUUUUUUAUACUUCCUUGGUCAUUUUACUCCCCAAACAUAUCCAAUGGGGUGCCAACGCUGCAAACAUUAUACUGUCAAGUUCAUAGACAUAGGAACACCUUCUAUGUCUAUGGUCCAAUUUCAAAACUGUUUUUAAACUACAAUUCCCUGCAUCAUGUGACUUCAAUGCGCAAACUCCAUGCUCCUCUAGCGCAGUCCCUUGAUGCUGACGCGCAGGCGUACACGGAACUACUGAGUAUCAAAUUGGUCUAACAGCGGGUGAUAAAAAUGGUAGGUAUUAUGAAAAUCAUAAACCCAAACGGUAGAUUAAACAUCUACGAAGAUGCACAACAUCGGAGUUAAUGUCGUGAUGCGCGGGGGUGUCCGCUCGCUUCGUACAUAUGCUGUGUCCUUAGCCUGUGUCGCAUUGUCACUUCAUUUUCUGUACCGAAAUUUAUCAACGAGAGAGGGAAGGUCAGUUGUUGAUAUUUUGAGAGCUCGGUCCGCAGUCACUCCGCCGCGCGUUCCUUUCCCUUUUUGGCGAACUGUAACUUUGGUUGGGCAGAGGCGAGAGCUAGCCGCGCUGACGCGAGAACUGGGUCGCGACUCACUGCAGUGGCGAAGCUCAGAGGAUAAAAAGAACAACAGUGGAAGUGGUUCAUUUGACCGUCUUUCUGCACACCACACAUUUGCUAAUUUACGCUGGGACACUCACACAGACCAAUGACCAAUCUUUAAGAAAAAUGCUUACCGAAAUUGUGGAUCACUGACAGUAACGAUUGAAAUCUAGAACGUUGGCUUGGUCCUUAACAUGUCAAUAGUCAUGGUUAGCUUUAUAAUAAGUGUUAUUUUUAGAUAAGGUAAACAUGUAGCUAGUAAGUCAGGAUACUCUGAUGUCUCCCAGGCCAACGUGUGGCUCUGAUGUCAUAUGAACAAAUGUGCUUACUCGACAUGGUUGGAAAUAACUCCCAACUUGCUUGGUUUGUUUGUGUGGGCUGCCCUGAGAUAGCUAAGAGGUCCUCCUACUUGAGUUACAUUCCAAGAGGAUCUUUUUUGCAAGUGGCCUUCCAUAGUUCAGCACAUGUACUAUGCUAUAAGAUAAGAAUCUUCAACCUUUGCUUUAAAUUCUCACAUAUCAUGUGUUGUAUCUCUGGGGACAAAUUUGUAUUUGUUUUGGGCACUUUUGGCAGUAAACAGGGCAACUCCUUUCUGUAUCUGUUUGCCUGUUGGUGUGUGUCUCUGGAUGAGUGUAUUUUGGUCCCUCUGCAUACUCGUCUGUGUCUCUGUUUGUCUGUAUGUGCUGCUAUCGGUCUCGCACCGUGUGCCUGAGCCUACGUUUGAGGGCUUCUCCUUUGUGUCCGUGCAGCACAAGCUGAAGUCGUCACAGAAGGACAAGGUUCGCCAGUUUAUGUCCUUUACUCAGGCUGGGGAGAAGACAGCUGUGUACUGCCUGACGCAGAAUGACUGGAAACUAGAAGUGGCCACAGACAACUACUUCCAGAACCCAGACCUCUACUACAAAGAAUCCAUGAAAACCUCAGUGGACAGGAAGAAGCUUGAACAGCUCUACAAUCGUUACAAAGAUCCCCAGGAUGAAAAUAAGAUCGGGAUCGAUGGUAUACAGCAGUUCUGCGAUGACCUCAACCUAGACCCGGCCAGUAUAAGUGUCCUGGUCGUGGCAUGGAAGUUCCGUGCUGCCACGCAGUGCGAAUUCACCAAGAAGGAGUUCCUUGAUGGCAUGACAGAACUAGGGUGUGACAGUCCAGAGAAACUGAAGGCUGUUUUACCCAGAUUAGAGCAGGAGCUCAAAGACAGUGGAAAGUUCAAGGACUUCUAUCAAUUCACCUUCAAUUUUGCCAAGAACCCUGGACAAAAGGGUUUAGAUUUAGAGAUGGCUGUGGCCUACUGGAAUCUGGUACUGACAGGCCGGUUCAAGUUUUUGGAUCUCUGGAAUAGGUUUUUAUUGGAGCACCACAAGCGGUCCAUCCCAAAAGACACAUGGAAUCUGCUUCUGGAUUUCGGCAACAUGAUUGCUGAUGACAUGUCAAACUAUGAUGAGGAAGGGGCCUGGCCUGUCCUGAUAGACGACUUUGUGGAAUUUGCCCGGCCAAUUGUAACAGGAACCAAGCGCAAGACUGUAUAAUCACAGCCCUGCUCUUCCAGAGGAGUGGGGUCUUGUUUUGCAUUGACUUUGUAGUUUUUUUAAAGACUUGUACAAACAUAUAAAAACAUAGAGAAAAGAAGAGCAGAGAAACACUUGAAGGCAGCAAGAGAAUCCAGUAAAAGCAAGAAACACAGUACGCAGACCACCUGUCAAGGAAGUGCUACUGAUGGAGACCUGGAGAGGAGAGGGAGGCGCACAGGAAACAACGCAAGAUUUGCUUUUGGAGUCGCCAUGUGCACAUUGCCAGCUGUUGGCACAGGCAAGCUAAUUCUAACCUCAGGCUCUUGAAGACGCCGUGGGGACCAUUAUAUAUAAUCUGGACCCCUCUGCACCCUCCCUUGACCGCUAGCUGUGUUACACCUAGGGGAGAGGAUGCCCUCUACCCCCCCACCAUGGCCACCCUUAGAGUUGUGGGUGAGAAAAAGAGAGUGUGCAAAAUCUCAGAGCACUUUGCUGUGUGGUGGGUUCGAGACUUUUAUUUUGGUUGUUUUUAUUCAAGUAUUUCCUGCAGGGCUUGGGAUGGUCGCACUAAACAGAUCCACUUUCUGAGCCAGAGUCCUGGGUUCUGAGCAGCAUGCAGCUUGGCUCAACUCACCAGCACAAACACUAUUGUUACAGUUGUAAUAUACUGUAUCUACUGUAGCAGUAUGUACAGAGAGAAUUCUAUAAAUAAAUCAUAUUAAAACUAUAUAAAAAAAACAAAGCUAGGGAGAGCAAACAAAAUGUGUUUUGCGUACAGUGUGUCAGCUCUGUUAUCUGAUGCCUCAAUAUCAUUUUAUUUCAGGUCAACCGUGUGACCAUAUCAUCUGUUCUUUUGUCGUUUUCUUUUUUGGGUUGUAGAAGUUGGUGUGACUUUGUGCAGUUAUGUGUUUCUCAUCAAUUUUGUUCACUUUUUUUGUCAGAUUUAUGUAAACAAAUAAAUUAUAGCUCUUUAAGUAAAAA